GUAUUGGUAAUAAAAUAUUGCAUGUGCGCCAUACGUGUUUGCUGUGUCGUUGUCAGGGUAACCGAAGCUCUAUAACGUACGCUAAUUUACUUGCAAUGACAGAUUAUCUUGGCAGGUCUUGCUCGGUGCUCAGUACUCAGAUCUACUCAACCGUUUGCCGCGUUGCGCUUACAGUGUGUUAACAAGCGUAGAGUAAUUAAUUCAAAGCGUUUCUUCAGUUCAAAACACCUUCAAGAAGAUCACCGUAACGUUGCCUCAUGAGCGAAAACGUGAAAUUUAUUGUGACAGAGAUAAACAAGCUAUUAGGACGGAAUUACAAUUUAAUUGGGUUCAAUGCCUUAAGUCCUGAAGAUUUAUUACAGAUAUUGUGCAAUGUUUUGAUGAAGAUACAACAACAAGAUGAUGCUAAUGCUAGAUUGGAUUCUCCGGAAGAAAUAUCUAUAUAUAUUUUAACAACCCUCCGGAUACUUAAUUAUCAGCCGGAUGUGGAUCCAAUAACAUUCAGGCAAGGUUUAGUUCGAGGCGAAAUUGAGAUCAUUCAUCCCAUACUGACAUGGCUUUUGACGCAUAUCGAUGUGGUUCGGAAAAGGGCGUAUUUGUCACGAUUUCUCGUCAAGAUAGAAAUUCCGCCGGAAUACUUAGGGGACUCGGAAAUAUCUCUUUUACACGAACAGUAUUUGUCUCUGCUCGACAAAUUUAAAGCCGUGCACAAGGAAAGGGAAAUUGGAAAAAAAAAUGUCGAGACCGCCGCUGAACUUGCAACGGAUCUACAAGCGAUGGAAAAAGAAAAGGAAGCGGUGAUAGCGCGCAUCGGUAAAAUCAAGUUAAAGGCCGAGCCUGCACUGCAUCUACUUAACGCCUGUAAAUUAUUACGCGCGGAAAGGGACAAGGAGCGCGAUUUAAUAUCACAAAAAGAACAAGAGGCAGAUACCAUAUCCGAUUUGCAAAAUUCUCUUCAACGAGUUGAACGUGAAUUGCACACGUUGGAGCGCAAGAGUAUUGGACUCACGCCGCAAAUAUUGAUCCAACAUUUGACUGAAGAAGUAACAGUGCAAUCGAUAAUUGUAAAGGAAAAACUUCCGUUUGAAUUAAACGCGAAGAAAAACCGAAUGAAAGCUCUGUCGAUGGCGAAGGAAUACUCUUAUUUGGGCCCGGAUAAAAUUGCUGCUAUGAGGAACGAUUUGGACACGAUACUGAAAGACAUACAGAAUCUAGUAGAAUCCAAAGUAUCUAAAAAUGAUACUGACAAAGUGGAGCCGUUCAGACAACAAGCAGCUGCUGUAGGAAAUAUGAAACGGAAUGCACUCGAACGUUUGGAGAAGAUCGAGAACUCCUUGGAAGAAUUGCAAUUAGGACUGAAAGAGAAGCAGGAUUAUUCAAAGACUUUGCAGGAGACAUUGGCACCCAAAGCGGAAGAGUUAAAAAAGUACGUCAACCGUUUGAAAACCAAGAGCGCGGUAUACAAGCGUUGCAAAAUGGAGAUAGCCGGCCUAAAAGCGGAAAAUGGUGCACUUCUUCGAACAGCAGUUAUCUUGGAUGGACAGAUCACGAAUUCCUAUCCGAUGGAGACUGUAUCUAAAGUUAUAAUUCCGGAGAAUUACGCAACAGAUAACGCGUUAGCGACGAAUACGCAAUUGUCUCAGACAAUAUUGGCUCUAGGGACCAAUCUUGCUCCACUCAUAAAAGAUAUCAAAGUAUUACGGCAAACUGCGCGCGAAACUAAUGAGAGGUAUCAAAAGGCAUGCAAGAGUCAUAACACGGUAGAGACAAGUAUGAAGAAUACGACGAGCGAUUUAUUAUCCGAAACGCAACGAAUAAAGGAAAAUUUGAUAAAGAAUACAGAGGAAAAAAAGCAAUUACAAGAAAGAAUUGCAAGGAUGAAAAUUACCGAAGAAAGAUUACGUAGUGAAGCAAAGACUAAGAGUGACUUAAACAAUGUGGGGAAAAAAUUGAAACAAGCACUGCAGGAUGACAUUGUGUCAGGAGAAGAAACCGCAAAACAUUUAAACAAGGAACGCGAAAGAAUGAAGCAGUACACUGCGCAGUACGAAAUUCAAACGCAACAGUGGAAUAAUAUUAUCUCAAUUUUUUCAUGCAAGAUUCGGUGUGCUGAAGAAAGCAAACAAACGGAUGGUAUAGUGGUGCGAAGAGGGGAUGCCGAAACUCUCGUGUUACAAUGAUGUGUUAAUAUUUAUAUUAAUAUUUUUGAUAUUUUUAGACAUAUUUUUGGAUAUUUAAAGAUUUUCGGGAGGAGGGAGGCACUCGAAACAGUUUUUGGUUUAAUACAAUAGAAAUGCGAUCACGAUUAUUAUAGAAUCACUGUGGCCGUUGACUCGGCGCUUUUCAGGGUUCAAGGAAGACGAUCAGGACAGUUUAAAAAUCGUUCUCGUCUCGCGAAUGAAGUUUAUUUGUUAACAGAAUACGUGGCAGGCGGACGGUAUUUCUAGCAAGCGUUUUCGGAAAUCCUGUACGCGACAAAAUACUUUUACGAUCGCAAUGUUCGAAAGCAAUUUAAACCUUAUGCAUUCGUAAUACCGAAUGUUCGCUACCUCGCGGAAUCAUCGGAGAUAAAUUUCAACGCAAUAAUUCUCGGAAUUCUCACAUAAUGACACAUACAACAAACGUUGCCGAGAAAACAUUCGAAAUUUAGCUGAAUGACAAAUAAUAUCUAUUUAGCCGUUAGACUUUUUUAUAAAAAUAUAAACAGAAAUAAACGAAAAA